UCAAGGCUACAAGUUACUGCAAGCACUCUGCUAGCUCCUUAUAAACCGGUCUCGCUACCGAUGCAAGUUCCGCCUUCACUCAUUAUCUGACUGCCAUUCUGCUACAAACCAUGAGUGCCUCAAUUGAGCAGCAAACUGUUAGUAUUAUUCAAUCUAUAUUCAGCAGCAAUUGCUUCCUUGUGGCCGCUAUUGCUUUUUAUGUAUUCGAUCGCUGCAUCUGCGCCGGGCGUAUAAUUGACCUAAUAUGGAGCCGUGGCUAUUCCUUGGUCUCGGUUCUCUACGCACUGCUGGAAGUGUUCACGAUCAUCUCCUUGAGCUUGUUUGGUGUUCAAAACUUCGCGUAUCUGGAUUGUAAGCAUCGAACCUAGAGAGCAGUUCCCGAAACGAUUGCACUGAAGGCUAUCUGGGCUGGCU